AAUCGAUAAUGAAGUUUUUGUUCUCAGCUCACAAAGCUACCCAACGUUACCUCAAUUCGCAAGGAUAUCGUCUUCAUGGAGGCUAUCGUCGGCGAUUUUUCCAUGCUUCGAACCCCAUUGGGUUGUCAAAAUCCUAUCAAAUGCGGUCUUCAUCCUUAUAUACUGGCCAUCAGUGUUACAGCACCUCGACAAUCCAAGAUGCGGCUGAUUCCUCGAAUAGGUUGCCAAAUAGUAACAAGAUUGAAAACUAUAUUAACAAUGUAGAUCUUGAAAUCAUUUCAACAGAAACUGUCAAACCAUCAUCUCCGACUCCCCAUCAUCGAAGAACCUUCAACUUCUCUAUUAUAGACCAAGUAAUGUACGAUGUCUACAUGCCUUCAAUCUUCUUUUUUCCUAAUACCGACGACAAGGCUAGUGUUACGGAUGUUGUAACCAAAAGAUUAAAACAUCUUAAGGAGUCUUUGUCCGAGACUCUAACAAGAUUCUAUCCUCUUGCUGGUAAAAUUAUGGACAACUUGCAUAUUGAGUGUAACGAUGAAGGAAUCUAUUAUAGGGAAGCUAGAGUCAACCAAACACUUGAAGAUUUUAUACAUCAUGCAGACGAUGAAAGAGUGAGAGAGUUGAUGCCUGAUAAACCUUACACCGCCGAAUCUUCAAUAGGGAAUUAUGUUAUUGGGAUUCAGGUGAAUAUCUUCACAUGUGGUGGGAUUGGGCUUUCCUCGAGUGCGUCACACAAGAUAUUUGAUGGACAAAGUUUUAGUACGUUCAUGAAAGCAUGGACAACAACGGCUAGAGGUUCACCGAAAAUAAUUUCACCAAGUUUUGUUGCUUCCAAGAUCUUUCCUAGCAAUCCAUGCUUCAAUUUCCCAUUGUCUCCCAAGUUAUUGGCCACCAAAAUGCUUAGAACAAAACGCUUUGUGUUCAAUUCUACGGCUUUGGCUAUGCUCAAGGCACAACUAGUAGCAAGCGCGAGCUCAACACAUCCACCAACUCGCACGGAGGCCACAUCUGUUGUAAUUUGGAAGGCUGCUGCCAAAGCGGCAUCAAAAGUAAGACCAUUUGGUCCACAAUCACCUCAUGCUUUAUUGUCAUUAGUGAAUAUACGGCAAAGGGCAUCACCACCUUUGCCCAAAGAAUCCAUUGGAAACCUUAUUGCGACGGCCGGUGUAAUAUGUUUUCCUCAUGGUCAACUUGAUUUGCCAACCAUGAUGGGUGAUUUAAGAGAAUCAAUAACAAGAAUAGACUCCGAUCACAUUGAGUCCCAGAAGGGGGUAAAGGGACAUGAGACAUUCAUUGAGGUAUUGCAGAGAUUGAACCAACUGAUGGAUGUGACCGCCGAAGGAAACUGCUUGGCGGCUACAAGCUUGUUGAACAGUGGAAUGUAUGACUUAGAUUUCGGAUGGGGAAAGCCAAUUUGGUUUUAUGUUAUGAAUCCUAGAGUUUCCAAGACUGUGGCGUUGAAUGAAACGCUGAAGGAUGGCGGUGUUGAAGCGAUAGUCACAUUGAGUCCAGAUGAAAUGGAGAUACUCGAACGUGAUUCAGAGCUUCUGUCCUAUGCCACAGUCAACCCAAGCCCUCUUCGAUUUGUUCAUUAAAUGACAUUACUUUUAUAAUUACUAUGUAAACAUCAAGCAUGACUGCAUUGGCACAUGUAUUUUUUUACAUGUUUACUCGCAAAUGAUUUAGUUUCUGCAUGUAUCAAAUAUUAAUAAUUUGUCAUGAUAAUUUAAAAUUUUUGUGCAUUUUUAAA